UCCGUCAUAAAAAGUCAGAAGAAGAAGAAAAAGAAGAAGCAGCAGCUUAGCUACCACCACAGCUUCCCAUUCAUUUUACACAAAUUUUGUAGUGAAGAGUGAGUUGGCGAAUUAAUUAGUGAAUUACUGAUUAUUAGUUUGUAUUUCUUUCGAAAUGGUGAACUCUUGCAUGGUACCGGGGUGUUCAGACAAAACAAGGAAAUGGCAACAAGUAAGUUUUCAUUAUGUACCGAAAGAUGCGGAGCGUUGCAAACAGUGGCUAAGGGUGAUAAACCACCCGAUCUAUACAGAAUACACACCCGCGGAAUACCUAAAAACACGUAAGGUUUGCAGCCUCCAUUUCAAAAAGGAAGACUUCGAACUCAAUGUUUUGGGAAUGAAGAGAGUCGCGCUUUUAGACACCGCAAUUCCGUCGGUGUUUACUUUCCCAGAAGACGAUGUAAAGCCUGAACCAUCGGUGUUUAACGUCACAUUUCCAGAAUACGAUGAAACACUUCCAGAAUACGAUGAAAAGCCUGAACCAUCCGGACUUAACGAUAGUAGCGCUGAAUGCUUUCUCUUGGAGGAUAUGGGUUUCGAUUGUUGUGAAACUACAGUGUAUGUGACUGAUGAGAGCUCCACAGAAAGUCUGGAUUCAGUGGGCGAUGAGACCGAAGAAGAUGAGACUGAACAAGAUGAGACCGAAGAAGAUGAGACUGAACAAGAUGAGACCGAACAAGAUGAGACCAAACCACAGCCACUGCCGGACAAACAUCUCUCUGAACCGGACACAGAUCUCAGCCUCAAUUUACUCUGUUACACCGAUUCAGACAGUGAUCAGGAUGAUGAAUCUUCUAAACAAACCGCCACAGAGACUCAUGAUAUCGCCUGUAACACGGAAGAACAGCAGCUGAUCCUGCAGACCACACUGAAGACGUGUUCAGUCAAACUGGAGGACUGCAGGAACCAGAUAGAGAUAAAAACAGAAACCACAGAAGAGGAAGAUGACACUGAGGAUGAAGACGAUGAAGAAAAAGAUAAGAAGAAGCGUUAUAAUGACGACGAUGAUGACUUCCUUCCUUCGGAUGAGUCUAAUGAUGACGAUGGUGAUCACAGUAUUCCUUCAGAUGAGAUCAAUGAAACUUCUGAUGAAGAGAAACCACACAAGUGUCGGUAUUGUAAGAAGAAAUAUCCCAAUGAAUGGACGCUUGAGAAACAUAUGCGUAUACACAGCAAAAAGAAACCGUAUCAAUGCAGCGUAUGUGGGAAAACCUUUAAGCUUUUAGAUUAUGUAAUAAUACAUGAAAAAAUACACAGUGAGGAGAAACCCUUUCCAUGUUCACACUGCGAUAAAAGUUUUACUAAUCAACAUAGUCUAAAACUACAUAAUAGAGUUCACACUGGAGAGAAACCGUACCUGUGCCAACACUGUGGGAAGAGCUUUGCAAAACAACAGAAUCUUAAAUUUCAUCAGAGAGUUCACACCAAAGAAAAACCUUAUCACUGCUCUCAAUGUGGACAGAGCUUUGCGCGUCCCCAGACCUAUAGGAUUCAUCUGAAAGUUCACCUUGGAGUUAAACCUUAUCCGUGUAAUAUUUGUGGGAAGAGUUUCACUCGACAGGACAAUUUGGUGACACAUCAGAGAAUUCAUACGGGAGAAAAACCUUACAAGUGCACCCAGUGUGAUAUGGGAUUUACACAAGCAGUUCUCCUGAGACUUCAUCAGAAAAAACAUACUGCAGGAAAACUUUAACAUCUGUAGAGAUAUUCAGUCAUGUAGGACAUUUUCAGACUCAUCAUGCUAAAGAAAAACUGAAAAAUGCCACAAAAAUGGUUACAAACGUAGAAGACUUGGUUACAAACUCUACAUUUCUGGUUCUGUGACUUUUAUGAUGUGAGUUUUCUAUUUUCAGCAUGUAUGUGUAUAUAUUUUUAUACAAUAUACAAUGUACAUUAUAAAUACAUUUUGUUUUUGGUUCACAUGGAAAGUUUUCUUUACAGAAAUUGAGCGUAAAGUAAAGAAACAAAUGUUCUGGGAAUAGUACUAUAUUCUCGGUUGUAAAUAGUUCAUGUUGUGUUGUUUAUCAUUCCUCUAACUAAAAAAACCUCAAACACAUCAUUUAAUAUGAUGAA